CUCCAACUCUUUGACGUUCUUUACCUUUACCUAUUCGAUUCACCCUUCUGUACUACCGAUUACAUCGCAUCAAUCAAGUACUACAUCCAAUCCCUUCCAACAACCAAAAGUGAAGAGAUCAACCAAUACCAAGAUGCUCGCUUUCCUCAUUUUACCCUUAGUAUCCGCCACGGUAGGAAGGUUUUUGUUUAUACGUCAAGAUCAACCUCCUACUUGUUCUGAUGGUUGUUUAGCUGGUUUAGAGAAAACUACUACAUGUAACCCGAACAACAAUCUGACUUGUCUUUGUAUCGAACCUGUCGCAACAGGAUAUUUGGUUUCUUGUUUGGACGCAUCGUGCAAUUCAGCAGAUAGAACAGAAGCUCAAUCAUAUUUUUCUGAACUCUGUCAAGCUGGUGGUUUCUUACCUUCUGGUUUCCCUUCCGUUCUUCCUUCUUUAUCGUCCACUUCGUCAGCUCCAGCCGCUAGUUCGGUCUCAGGAUCAAGUACGGAUUCUGGAUCUACGGUUGAAUCGUCCGUUCCUAGUUACUCGCCAAGCGGGACGGGUGUAGAAUCAGGUUCUAGUGCACCAGCUUCUUCUGGGGAUACCAGUAGUACUAGUACCACUACCAUCUCUGGAAACGAUACUCCUUCAUCUGUCACCUCGUCCACCUCUAUUUCUCCAUCUUUGACAUCCACAAACCCAGCCAUUAUCACACCUACCACCUUAUCUCACACUUCUUUAUCCACAACAUCUCAUUCUUUUUCUUCCUCUUCCCACUCUUCAGUCCCAGCAGCAGGAGCCACGGCAGGAUCAGCUUCUCAAGUACUUUCCAAAGGACUUUUUCCCUUUGGAGCUUUGUCGGCGAUCAUGUUGAUAUUGUAA